AGGCGCCUGGCCUACAUGUUUAUUGUUUAAAAACUGGGAAAGUAUCGAGAAGAAAGUAAAGGCUCCCCACCCCUAGAGAUAACCGCUGAAAGUAUUUGGUCUGUUUCCUGCCCGGCUUUUUCCUACACACACUUUUUGGCGCCUUAAGUCAGGCUCCCCACGGACAGGAGCGGCCCCUCCCAGACGCUGGUGUCUGCACCCGCCCCCCGCAGCCUUGUCCCUGCUCCGGGGGGUCCCUGGGUCUCCGGGGCACAUCGCUGUUCCACGGCUCGCUCGAGCCUCCACGGGUCGGGCAGCUGGGGCAGCGCAGAGAGGCGGGGACAGGCGACAGCGGCUCCUCCCCGGGCCGGCCCAAGCAGGGGUCUCGGUGCCUGGGAGGCGGCAGGGGUCGCUCCGGGCCCAGUGACCCCGGCGCCCCGUCCGGGUCCCAGCGGGGGCGGGGCGCGCCCAGCGUUUCCGGGAGGAGCGGCCCGGGCGCGCGGCAGGUGCGGCGGCGCAGUUCGCAGGUAGGCGACCGCUGGUCCCGCCGCUGAGGCCCCUCCACCGCCGCCCGCCCGGCACCCGCCGCCGGCACCCCCUCGGGGCCGCCGUGGCCCGCGCCAAACCUGAGCGUCUCGGUCGGGAACUCCAGUUACCCCCUCGGGGCGCGCGGCGGCAGGGUUGCAGAGCGUGAUGGGCUCCUCCCUCACUGACCUGAAGCCAGCUCCUCUCAGCUUUCAGGAUCCCACCUUCCUUAUCACCAGGUUUUCUCCACUGGCCCCUGAGAUUGCCCUCACCUCCAGCCCCUCUCCCAAAGUCGGCAGCCCCUCCUAGGUCUGUAGACUCUCGCUGGGUUCCAACCUCCUGAGAUGCCAGACCCAUUGGGGCAGUACUCACAGGUCCUGAGCCUGCAUCACCCACCCCAGUGACACCCCAACCCUGCAGCAUUUUCCUCCCCCACCCCCUUGGCCCCAGCUUGCCUUCCGCCUACCUUCCCACCUGCUGCAGGGAGGGCUCUCAGCUGAGCCGUCAGACAUAUUUGCACCCCAUCUUCUCCCCUCCUGAAUUUCUUCUGACCCUCCCUUGGCUUCACAGCACCUGAAGGCCAACUGAGGCCCCCUGCUCCCAUGGCCAGCCCUGGAAAGCCUGGGGCUGAAGAGGCCCAGGAGGAGGAGGGGGAACUUGAGGGGGGCACUGCAGGGCCAUGGGCUGCAAUGCUGGAGCAGGCCCAGGAGCUGUUUCUGCUGUGUGACAAGGAGGCCAAGGGUUUCAUCACCAGGCACGACCUGCAGGGUCUCCAGAGCGACCUGCCCCUCACACCAGAGCAGCUGGAGGCCGUGUUUGAAAGUCUGGACCAGGCUCACACUGGCUUUCUCACUGCCCGGGAGUUCUGCCUGGGCCUGGGGAUGUUUGUGGGGGUGGAGUCGGCCCAGGGAGCGACCCCCCGCAGGACUCCCGAGGAGACCUUUGAGUCGGGCUGGGGCUGGCUGGACGUGCAGGGCACCGGGGCCUCUCUGGAUGAGGAGGAGGAGGAAGAGGAGGAGCGAUUCCACACUGUGUUGGAGCAAUUGGGGGUGGCCCCGGUCCUGGGCGAGCAGCGGGCUGUGAGGACGCUCUGGGCCCGGCUGCAGCGAGAGCGCCCCGAGUUGCUGAGCUCUUUCGAGGAUGUUCUGAUACGCGCGUCAGCCUGCCUGGAGGAGGCGGCCCGGGAGCGCGACGGCCUGGAGCAGGCGCUGCGGAGGCGCGAGAGCGAGCACGAGAGGGAGGUGCGCGCUCUGUACGAGGAGACGGAGCAGCUUCGCGAGCAGAGCCGGCGCCAGCCGAGUCAGAACUUCGCCCGCGGGGAGCGGAGAAGCCGCCUGGAGCUGGAGCUGCAGAGCCGCGAGCAGGACCUGGAACGCGCGGGCUUGCGGCAGCGGGAGUUAGAACAGCAGCUGCAGGCCCGGGCUGCGGAGCACCUGGAGGCGCAGGCCCAGAACUCCCAGCUGUGGCGGGCGCACGAGGCGCUGCGAACGCAGCUGGAGGGGGCGCAGGAGCAGAUCCGCAGGCUGGAGAGCGAAGCGCGAGGCCGCCAGGAGCAAACCCAACGAGAGGUGGUCGCCGUCUCCAGGAACAUGCAGAAAGAGAAAGACAGCCUGCUACGGCAACUGGAGCUGCUCAGGGAACUGAACACACGGCUGCGGGAUGACAGAGAUGCCUGCGAGGCCAGGCGGGCGGGUGGCAGCCGCAGGAAGGCUCUGACAACUGCCCACCUGCCUGGGCCCACCUGCUGCUGCUGCUGCUGCUGGACUCGGCCCCACAGACGCAGCUCUGGCCACCUUCCCAGUAACCGGUGACCAGCUCCGAGUGACUCACAGAGCAUCAGCUAGAAGCUGCUCUUCUGGGAGGCUUGUCAUGGGUAGGGGGUGCCCACUCAGGAUACGGGCUCUCCCCAGGGGGCCCUAGGCUCGCCUGACUGAAGAACUGAAGACAUGAAGGACCUAGCCUGGGAGUGGUCAGGAUCCAGGGAGUGAUCAGGAUCCCGUGUGCCCUCUGCCAGUCUUCGCUCUGUCCCCAAUCAACCCCAACUCAGUUCAGCAAAAAACCCCCCUCGUCAAAUAAAACCUACUGACUGCA